AUGGGGCCAAAUUGGCUUGAGCUUCCUAGAGACAUCACAUCAAACAUUCUCCAAAGGCUUGGUCCAGUUGAAAUUCUGAAGAAGGCACGCAAUGUGUGUCCUUAUUGGUGGAACAUUUGCAAGGAUCCUCUCAUGUGGCGCACCAUUCACAUGAGCAACAAUGAAACUUCCCCUGAUGUGGAUUUGGUAAAGAUUUGUCGUUAUGCUGUUGGACAAAGCUGCGGUCACUUGGAAGACAUUGAGAUUGUGUCUUUUUGCACUGAUGAUCUCCUUCACUACAUAGCUAGUUGUGGAAGUCACCUACGACACAUGCAACUUACAAAAUGCCGAAAUAUUUUGCACAAACAAAUUAGUGAAGUUGCAAUCAAAUUUCCACUGCUAGAGGAGCUUGACAUUUCAUUUAGCAACCUAUGUAAGGAUUCUCUUGAAGUCAUUGGUCGGAGUUGCCCACUUUUGAAAUCAUUAAAAUUUAGCAGAAUGUUCAGUAAAGACAUCGAGUUGAAUGAUGACGCUUUUGCUAUUGCAAAAACCAUGCCUAAGCUACGUCAUCUUUCGAUGUUUGGAAACUUGCUUACUAAUGUCGGGUUGCAUGCCAUUCUUGAUGGUUGCCCCCUUCUUGAAUCUCUUGUCCUGCGAGAUUGUAAUCAUCUUGAUUUGAGUGGAAGUUUUGGGAAAAGGUGUCGUGAUCAGAUCAAAGACUUUGUACUUCCAACUUGUGUAGAUGAAAAUUCUGAUGAUGAAGAUGACGAUUCUUUUUAUUUGAGAAGUCUAAUGGAAGAUCAAAAUUUGGAUUAUUUAUUCAUUUUAAGGGUCAUUCAAAAAAGUACCAUUAAGUCAGCAGUUAGGUCAGCGUUUAGGACACAUGGAAAGGAAAUACAUAGUGCCUUCAGGGAAGCAUUAGGGGAAACAUUAAUUAGCAAGUAUUUUAAGUAG